AUGGCCGCCCCGCGGUACGAGAUUGAAAACGUUGUCACUAGCAUACGAAAAGAUGACAAUGAUGCUCGCUUCACAGUUCGGCGCAAUGGCAAGGUUUUUUAUAUUAAGCUUUCACCAUCCAACUUCGUCAACUCUCCCAACAUGACGAACAAGUACAAGGCUUACCUAGAAGUUUUGAAUUCCGGUCAGGAGGUAUUAGGUGAAAUAUACGACACCGACUUCUAUAAUUGGGCGAUGGCUCCAUUCGAGCCCUUCUUUACCAACCUCGCGCCUGAUACGCCAGUUGAAACCAUUACAAAGCUACAACCACGCCUCGUGCCAACUGAGGAGUCGCCCUAUUGGCCAUCCUUUAUUCGCUUCGAUGAUGACUUUCUCGAUUACUUAGAGACUUGGACAUCUUUGUACGAUCCAGCCAACAUCAUCAUCAGCCAUAAAGCACCCAAAGACGCACUCUUUAAGGCACCAAAGAAGGUUUUGAUUGACAAGGGUCAGACUGUGUGCUUCUUCAAACGUUGUUAUGGCAGUAUACAGAUCACCCAGGAGCUUACAACCUAUAAAAAGAUUCAUGAGGCCGGUCUAGGCUCUUCAGUGAACGUCUGUCGCCUAUACGGUAUUGUGAUGGAUGAUUGUGACUUCAUUCUUGGGCCGUUAUUAACCUACAUCGAGUGCGGUGAUCGACCAUUAUCCGCAAGAGUCCACCCUGAAGAACCCGACGACCCUACGCCUGCAAAUCGUAUAGUUUGUGGAGACGUCAAAACAGCAAACGUUUUGAUUGAUGAGAACGAAAAUGCCUGGUUGGUUGACUUCGGCGGCGGUUACACUGAGGGCUGGGUAGACAAGGAGGUAGCAGGGACGGUGGUGGGAGACUUUACUGGGAUGACUAGGUUGAGGACGCUUUUGUUUCCUGCAAAAUAGAGGCUAUGACCGGUUGGAAUAUCACGCUUAUCUCCGUUACAGAGAGCAAUAGAAGAGUGUUUUUGGCGUCGACCGACGUUGGCAUCCAGCAAUGGUUUUGGCGUGUUGAUACUGGGCGGUUAU